AUGAGGAUGUUUAGAUGGAUGUGCAGACACACCAGAUUGGAUAGGAUUCAGAAUGAAGUUAUUCAGGACAAGGUGGGUGUGGCCAUUAUUGAGGACAAGAUGUGGGAAGCACGCCUUAGAUUGUUUGGACAUGUAAGGAGGAGAAGCACAGACUCUCCAGUAAGGAGGCCUCGAGGAUGGAUUUUGAUGAGACCAUCUCCUGAUGGUGAGGAAGGGAGGUGGCGCCGGCCGAGUCUCCCAAAUUGGAGAAACCUAAAGCUCGCAGGCCUCGGACUGAUGCCAAAGUAUCGACUUCAGCGGCUAUGGCAAGUCCCGGUACCUAGGAUGAAAGUGAUAAUGAUAAUGAAGGCCCUUUGGUACAAAGGAAGUCACGAGUUGCAGAUGCUCCGUAAGUUGUUGGGCGUAAAGCCACUGAAUUAG